AUGACAAUGAAUCCUACGACGAAUGAUGGCACAUCAACCAACCAUAACAAUGACAACAACAAUGUGCGAUUGCUGUUGACAGAUUAUGAUCUACCCUCCUCUCUCUCUUCAAACCAUACAUUCAACAAUGACACUCAAUUACCCCUUCUUGGAUUGAUUCAAAAAUUUUCACUUCAACAGAACGGACGAAAAAAGUUCUUGCAUCGAUGGGAACACGGUUAUGAAAAGUAUUUCAUUCCCAUUGAAUUUACAAACGACAAGUCCUAUCUCUUGAAUGCGCUUCGAAAUUAUCAUCGCAAAACAAGUGAAUCAUUCCCGUGGUUGUUGGAACACGCUGCAAGACUUUAUUAUCAUGAUCGAGAAGUGAUUCUUGAAAUGGUAAAAAUUCAUGGAGGUUAUGUGCAUCGAGCAGUUGAUGCGAUUCGAAACGAUAAGGAGGUAGCUAUGACAGCUGUCAAACAAGAUGGUCUUGCUUACCGUCGUUUAUCGGACCCACUCAGAAAUGAUAAGGAAAUUAUUUUGGCAGCUGUCAAAAACACACCAUAUUUGUUUGACGAGCUUCCAGAGGAAUGGAAGAAUGACAGUGAUGUGUUCUUGUGUUCCGUAUGUCCCAAUCAUGCUCACAACUAUUCACACAUUCAAUGGAAUAAUGACCUCUUGUCGUUAUUUUCCCAAUUGAAGGAUGACAAGGAAUUCCUGAUAGGUGCUGUCAAACGCCAUCCAGAAGCUUUACAAUUUCUAUCCGAAGAGCUCAAGAAUGACGCCGAGUUCAUACUAGCAUGCGUUUCACAAAAUGGAAAAGCUUUUCAACAUGCUUCACAAGAGUUGAGAAGCGAUAAGGAAUUUGUUUUUAAAGCACUAGAACGAAAUUGGAAGUCGUUUGAGUUUGCUUCCAACGAAAUCAAAUCCGAUCGAGAAUUCAUCUUACAAGCGAUCAAUGUUACUGGUUUAGCAUUGGAAUUUGCAUCGACGGAACUUAGAACUGAUCUCGAUAUUAUUUUCUCAAAUCCAAGACAAGUUGGUGCUACGUUAGACUCUGCCUUGUGUCCAACAUCCUCCAUUGCUCUUGAAUCAUUUUCAAAGCUUGUAAAAGAUGACCGGAACUUUUUUUUACGAGUUGUGACAUCAUGUGGAAUGUAUCUUGGAAUGACAACGUCACAGAAUUUCAGAAAUGACAGAGAAAUUGUAUUACAAGCUGUCCAACAAAAUGGAAGAGCUUUGAUGUUUGCCUCUGAAGCAUUGAAAAAAGAUCUCGAAAUUGUGUGGACAGCAAUUGCCAAUGAAAAGGAAGCGUUUAGUAAUGUAUCUCAGAGUCUGUUGAGUGACAAGUCAUUUGUCUUGCAAUUGAUAAGACAAGAACGUUUGGCAGGGGUUCUUAAUUUUGUUCCUCCAGAGUUGAGAAAUGACAGACAAGUAGUGAUGGAAGCUAUGCAAUUGGAAAGUUUCGAAUGGGAUUGUUUUCCCUCCUUCCAAAGGUUUGAAUUGGAACCAGAUAUGGUUUUGGAACUUGUGAAACGCACAGGUUAUACACGUGAGUAUCGUGACGACUUGUACAAGGCACGAAUGGAUUAUUAUUAUUAUGGUGCUUAUAUGGGAAUGAAUCAUGUUGGUACUGGAGUUGGUCAAUAA